AUGGAUGAUUAUAUUAUAACACGCUUUCACUAUGGUGGUGCAUUUAUCAAUGAUGGGGGCCUAGCAUAUGUCGGGGAAAAGGAACUCGAAGCAGUUUUUCCUAUUGAUAAAUGUCAUUUUUCGAUGAUGGAACUGCUGUAUCAUACUAAAAAGUUAGGGUACCCCACUAUUGAAGUAUUUUAUUAUAGAACCUCAAAAAGUGAUGACUCUUUCAAGGUUGAAUCUGAUUCUCAUCUGUUAGACAUUGUAAAAGACCUAGUACAUUGUGAUUUUUUGGAUUUGUAUGUGCUGCAUGUGGUUAAUGAGCCAGAGGUGGUUGAAACUGUGGGCCAGACAACUUUACUAACUGGGCCAGAAGUAGGUGAGACAGAUAAUGUUUCGGAUGGUGCUAGGGCAAUAAAUGAUGGUGAUAUUAACACUCAAACUACUGCUGAGAAAGACCUAGGUGUUGAUGAUAGUAGUCAACAUGCUGAGAAAAAUGUGGAUGGGGCUGAAACAGAUCUGGAAAAUAGCUCCGACUCACAAAGAGAUGGUCCAAAGAAGAAAAUUGUUGCAAAGAAUGAAAUACCUCUAGGAGAAGCUGGAAUUGAUAGAGGCUUUGAAGACAUUGGAAGGAACAAGGCUGCUAGAUAUACAGGAAGGUUAGGGGGUGAUGAGCAGUUUAUUGAUAGUUCAGAGGCAGAUAGUGAUGACAGUAGAGAUGAGUUAGAUCCUGAAGCUGUUAGGGGUGUUGAUCUACCUGCUAGAAGAAAUAGUAGUAAGCUAAGGUAUGAUGAUGAUUGUGUUGUGGCUAUAUUUGAAGUUGGGAUGAUAUUUGAGAAUGUUGUAGAAUUUAGGAAGGUUGUUAUAAAGUAUGCUAUUGAAUACAAAGUCCAGUUGAAACUAAAACCUAAUGAAAAGGAAAGAGUGAGGGCAACAUGCAAAGAAAAGAGAUGCAACUGGUUGUUUUAUGCUGCACUUGACAGAGAUUCAGGUGAGUUUAUGGUGAAAAAUUAUCACCCUGUGCACAAAUGCAACACUUCAAACAAGAACAAAUUGUGUACCUAUAAGUUUGUUGCAAAUGAAUUCAAGGAUGAGAUUACUAAACAGCCUUAUAUGAAGAUCUGGGAACUUCAGGAGCUAUGUAGAGAUAGAUUAGGUUUGUAUGUUGGUAGGACAAUCUGUCAAAGGGCAAAGCAAAAGAUUAUGAAAGAGUUUAUGGGUGACUGGAAACAAGAAUUUGCUAGGUUGUGUGAUUAUAUUGAUCAAAAAUCAAACUAACCAAUUAUGGCAGCUCAUGUCGGGUAAGGACUAAUAGAGAAUUCGAUCCUGGAAAAAUUUUAUUUGUUUAUUUCUAUGUAUGCUUUGAUGCUUUGAGGAGGGGUUGGUUAGAAGGAUGUAGAAGUUGGUUUUGAUGGCCGUUUUCUAAAGGAUGCUUGUAAGGGUGAGUUGUUAGUUGCAGUUGGCAGGAAUGGAAACCAACAAAUAUUUCCAAUUGCCUGGGUUGUUGUAGACCAGGAGACCAAUUAUAGCUGGUCAUUUUUCAUUAAUUACCUGAUAGAAGAUCUUCAAUUAGGAAGUGGAUAGGGGCUUACUGGUGAUGUCAGAUAUGCAGAAGGGACUUGUGCCAACUAUACUUGAACUUCUACCGGACUGUGAGUACAGGAUGUGUGCAAGACACAUCUAGUCCAACUGGCAGCAACACUCGAAAGGAGAGGAGAUGAGAAAGUAAUUUUGAAGAUGUGCUAAAUCAAGUUAUGAAGUCAAAUUAAAAGAGGAGAUGGCAAAAUUUGAUAAGCUUGGUAAGCAUAUUUGUGAAGACUUGUUAAAGUACAGAAAAGAAACAUGGUGUAGGGCAUACUUUAAAGAGCAUGCCAAGUGUGACAUUGUUGAAAAUAAUAUGUGCGAGACUUUUAACUCUUUGAUUUUAGCUCCUAGGCACAAAUCAAUUAUCACUAUGUUGGAGAAAAUUAGAAGAAAAAUAAUGACUAGAAAUGCUGAAAUAUUAAAAUUUGCUGAAACUUGGAUAUUAGACAUAUCUCCUAUGGCAAGGUUGAUAUUAGAAGAGAGCAAGGAACUUUCCAGGAGAUGUCAGUUUAUGUAGAAUGGUCAAUAUGGAUGUGAAAUAGAUGAAGAUGUAAAAGGGUUUAUUGUUGAUUUGAGAAGGAAAACAUGUACUUGUAGAUUAUGGCAGCUUAGAGGCAUUCCAUGUCAACAUGCUGUAUGUGCAUUAUAUAACCUAAUCCAAGAGCCUGAAGAUUAUGCCAUAUUGGUAUAGGAAGGAUCCUUCCUAUACCAA